AUGUUUAGAAAGAAUGAAGAAAUUUUCUCAUUGGACUACUUGGCACCUCUUGUUGGAGAUGAAACUGUUCAAGAGGGUGGUUCAUGCCGAUACUCGCUGAAACGAUUUGCUUACUUUUUGAUGAAUCUUGUUCCGUAUGGGGGAUUCCUCUCGGCAGCGUUUAACUUGGCAAGUGCCACUCUUGGGGCGGGGAUUAUUAGUUUGCCCUCAGCCUUCAAUUUUAGUGGUAUAAUACUCUCCCUUCUGCUUCUAUUUACUGUCACAUUGGCUACAAUCUAUGCGAUAAGGCUUUUGGUUGAGUCACGCGAGCUAACAGACCUUACUUCGUAUGAAGCAAUGGCAAGGGCUUUUUUUGGCCCUGGUUGGGACUAUUUCAUUGCCAGUGUAAUGUGGCUCUUUACUUUUGGGACGUGCGUAGCGUACAUUAUAUCGAUUGGUGACAUUCUUGAUACGGCCUUUGCGAGCGAUUCUGUUCCAUCAUUCCUGCGCACUCAAAGUGGCAAAAGAAUCAUGACUAGCGUCAUAUGGUUUGUGGGCAUGUUUACCAUGUCUUUGCCAAAGCAUAUUAACUCCUUGCGUUAUGCAUCCGGAUUAGCGAUUUGUUGCAUAUUUUUUUUUAUUGCGUGUAUUGUUGUUCACGCCCUUCAAAACGGAUUUAAGGAGGGUAAACUGCGGGAUGACGUCAAACUAUGGAAGUCUGGGAAUGCUGUCGUUGAGGGACUAUCGCUUUUCAUGUUUGCGUAUCUUUGUCAAGUGAACUGUUUUGAGAUAUACGCGGAAAUGACAGAGCCGACAGUAAACAAGAUGACUCUCUAUGCGGCUUUUAGUAUGUUCAUGUGUUUUGUUGCGUAUUCUGCUUCCGGAUUCUUUGGUUACGCAGACUUUGGUUCAGAAGUUACAGGCAGUGUUUUGUUGCAUUAUGACGUUAAUCGUGAAACUCUCUUCGCAGUUUCUUUUGGAGGCAUAGCUGUUAAGUUGUGCGUGGGUUUUGCUCUAAACGUUCAGCCUGCUCGUGAUUCUUGUUAUUAUCUCCUUGGUUGGAACUUGCAGACUAUUCCAAUGUGGAAACACAUCAUUUUCUGUGGGUCAAUGUCGUUCGCAGCACUUCUUUUGGGACUAUUUAUACCCACUGUGAACACUGUGUUUGGACUUCUUGGAAGUCUUUGUGGGGGCCUUCUAGGAUUUUGCCUCCCAGCACUUUACCGGAUGUACUGUGGACAAUGGGGUCUGAAGGAGGUUGGAAUAGUGAACUUCGUCUGCACAUAUCUACUUCUUUUUGCUGGUGUGGUUGCUGUUGUUUUUGGUACAGGAGCUUCAAUAUACGGUGUGUUCAUUCCGUGA